UCUUUAGUUUCACGUAAUUAAAACGGAAAAGAAACGUUUCAUCCUUUGAUGUUUUUUUGGGAGAGGUUAGAAAAAAAUUCUAGAAGCAGCAGAAAAAUUGUUUUUAUCCAAUUUCACUAACUUUCUUUCGCCCGAAAUCUUCAGUAAAUUGCAAGAAAGAUGCUUACCAAGGGAUUCACUGAGGUUGUCCGCAAAGGAGGAUUCCUCACGAGGAAUUUCGGUGUGUGCGCUCCGGUAGCACAAAAAGUUACGGAUCCCAUUCAGGCGUUAUUCGUGAAGAAGAUUCAAGAGUAUAAAUCCAAGGAGAGCGGUGGUAAGCUCGUGGAUGCCACACCAGAAGUUGAGAAGGACCUCAAGACGGAACUUGAGAGAGUUGCCAAGCAAUACGGAGGUGGAUCAGGUGUGGACAUGACUAAAUUUCCGGAAUUCAAGUUUUCAGCCCCCACUGUGGAUCCAAUUAAUACAACCAAUUAGUGUACAUUAUACAUAAAAUAUGGAAAUAAAAUUAUGCUCCUGAAUUAGAAAACAUAA